AUGAAGCAGACUGCAGCGGACACUGCAAGUAGCCGGAUGCAGCAGACUGCAGCGUACUGCAGCGGACACUCUCCUAAUGGAAAUGAAAGCAUUCAAGUGGUGAAACUCCCCCUCGUAAGGCAGUUUGCUAAAACAAACAAAAUACCUGACUUCCUGCCCUUGGCGAUUCCAGAAGAUAUCUCGGAGAGACUGAGGAGGGUCCACAGUAAACCCCUCGUCUGGUGGAUAGGACAGAUCUUUACCUACAUUCUGAGACCUCAGCCUCAAACCCAAGAAUUCAUUGACAAAAAGGCAACUGCCUUGGGAUUCACACAUCCGAUCGUUGGCAUUCAUGUCAGGCGGACAGAUAAACUCGACAUGGAAGCCAAAUUUCAUGGUAUCGAGGAGUAUAUGGACCAUGUGGAGAAAUACUACCAGCAAUUGGAGAAGAGACAAGCAGUGAACGUCAGGAGAGUCUUCUUAGCAACAGACGAUGUCGGUCUACUCUAUGAAGCCAAGAAGAAAUAUCCUGGAUAUGUGUUUGUGAGCGACAAUAAUAUAUCUCAGUCAGCGAGAGUGAGAGUAAGAUGGUCAGAGGAAUCUUUGAUGGGUAUCAUCGUAGACCUACAUCUUCUGGCUCGUUCGGAUUUUGUGGUUUGCACUUGCUCUUCAAAUAUUUGUCGACUGGUUUACGAGAUGAUGCAGCAUUCCAAUUUAGAUGCCUCCGAGAAACUCAUCAGCGUUGACAGAGAAUACUUCUGGUGGGGACAGAAUGCCAAAGCCAAAGGCAAAACUGCAAAGAUGCCUGUGUAUGAAAGGGCUGAGAACUUUUACUUGGAUGGUGUGUGA